AUGGCGGCGGGGGAGCGGCCGCCGCUGCCGCCGCCUCGCUCCUUCCCGCCCCGCCCCGCCACUGCGCAGGCGCAGCGCCUGGUCCCGCCUCCGCGCAGCCGCAGUGGCGGCCGGCCGCGCCCUCUCCGCGCUCGCGCACGGCGCCUGCGCCCUGUCGGGCGACCGUCGCCGCCACCGCCGCUGCCCGCCCGCCGUCCGCGGCCUGCUGCGCUGGGGGCUCCGAGAGCGCAGCUGCGGCCAGGCCUUAGCUGCAAGAAUCCCGGAGUGCCGGGCAAGACCGGCCGUGGCCCGGGGUGGACCUGCUGCUGCUGCUUCAUCUUCAAGACCCGCAAGCGCUGGCGGAGAGGGACCGACUGGCACGCAGUGACCGGGCGGGGCGGGGCUUACGCCGAGCUCCAGGCAUCUCGGGACUGGGGACCCGGGACACUCCGCCCCCAUCUGCCUGGACAACCUCCUACGAGGUGCUGGCUCCGGGCCCCCCACCGUGUCCCGGGGCCCGUGGACUGGACGCCCAGGACGGCUGGAGGCUGUGGGAGUUUUACCGGACGUUUUAGCCGUCUCAUACCAGAAAUUUUGGUACAAGUCUUGUUCCGUAUUGUGACCAGGGAAAACAGCCCAGGAACACUUGCGUCACUGGGGCCCGGAGGGGCGGGCUCCGUCAGACAGGACGCCUGGAUCACGAGCCUUCUAAGAACCAGGAGGAAGGAAGUCAUUCAUAAAGGACGCAGAUGCUCAACUGCGACUUUGGUUUCCUCUCGCAAUUCUGAUUACAGGAAUGUGGUUUGUUCUUAUUCCACAGAAGGGAAGACUUUCUCUGUAAAACUUGACUCUCAGAAGCUGCCUACCUUUCUGAGUCAGGACAGAACAGGGAGGCGGCUGAUUCAACCCCUGGGAUCUCCACACCAGUGAGAUCUCAGGUCUGACUGCAGCCCUCUUGAGAUCCAGUCUCAGAACAGACAUGGCUGCAGGUAUCUAUGGGACUUCAGAGAGCAGGAGAGACGCCCAGA